AGGGGCACAUUCACUUUUUUUAGGGGGUAAAGUGCAAAAAAUAGAAAUUGUUAGGGGGUGUUGUGCAAUUUGCCCUUCUUUUAAUGGUAUUCCAUUCUUCCCUAAAAGCUAAUUACAAAUUUGAACUAUUUAAACACGGAAAUCAACUUUGACCUGCGCAUAGGGAGAAACAAAAAUGGCCUGGAGGCUGUCUUCCCGCCUGCCCUCUCUUCUCCGCGUCGCAAAAACCCAACUCCACGGCGGCGUUCCUGCCCACAGAUUGCUAUGUUUUUCCGAUCACACGUUCAGAUAUCCACAAUUUCUUGCCCACUCUCACCCUUUAUCCCAAGCUUCUCGCACAUACGCCCGAAGCAGGCCCCCAAGCUACGAUCUUUUCGGAGGCAAAGUCCCAAACCCGAAAGAAUUCCGAAAAGAGUGGGCCAAGCAAAUGGAAGACGAAGAAGACCAUCUCUGGACCGGCAGCGAAAACGACACCGACAACGAAAGGGACAAUCACAGCCAGCUCAAGAGAGACAUAAACAAGGCCAAGAAACGAGCAAACGAUGGCAUCGACGCUGAUGACAGCGACGAAUUACGCAGUGUAUGGUCGGGCAGCGAUGACGAAAAGACCCUUUGGACGGGCGAUGAAGGAGAUGACGAAGAUGAUGUGCCCACCGAGCCCUUUCCGAACGAGAAAAGCGAUCAGUACAUUGAUGAGUUGUUCGAGUUUGACGAAAAACCUAAAUAUCGAACACUCACGCAAGCACUAAAAGACGAAGAUGACCCUGAGGAAUUAUCACCUGGUAAGCUGGCUCGAAAGCUUGCUGUGGAGAACGCUUUGAAGAAACUGCAAAAAGGGCCCGAUGGGCGGUACACUAACGUUUGGGAGGUUAUGAGUGAUUUGGAUAUUCUUGUCGGAGCGUUUGAGAAUAUUAUUUCUGGUCCGGAGUACGAGGAGCUUAGGCAAGGUGGGCCCAAGAAAUUGAACAUGCAGUUUUUUAAGGAUAUUCAGGCUCGAAUGAGGGAUCCAAAUUAUAAGUUCUCGCCCGAGUUGAAGUUGAAACCGAAGAGCAAGGUGGUUUCGAGGAAGAAAUGGCAGAAAGCAGAGUCGAGGCGGAGAAAGGCGCAGAAGCGUUGACUUGUUUGUAAGUCGAUCUUCUAGAACCUUCCUUUUUAUGUGCGCACGACGUUGUUUGCUUGUUUACUUGCAUGUUGCCAUGAGUUCGUUUGAGUGUAGAAAUGAGAAAUGGUUUUGAUUUUUUUCCCAGCAUGGUUGAAUACUUCCUAGGAUAUGAUACUAAAUCCUUUUCCUAGUGUAAUUUUUUUUCUUCUUUUU